CAUGAGCGUUCUCGGUGCUCUCUUCGGCGGUGUUGGUCUCGCUACCCGUGGUGGUGGUCAGCCCAAGCCUGCCACCCCUCCCAUCCAGGCUUCCUCCAAGGAUGAGGAGACCUUCAUCCAGGACUUCUUGAAACAAGUGAACGGAGACGAGAAAAAGAAAGACCAUUAGAAUACCGCGUUAAUACGGGAAUCGGUCGAGGACAAACAACCUAAUUGAAGAUGCUCGAUGCAUGAUAUCCAUGACCGAAUGGGUCGUUGGUCAGGGUGGUCUGGAUUCUACCCUGACGGGCUCGGGCAGUGUGUCCUUGAAUUCUUGCCUGCUGGGACGGUUUGGCGGUUCCACGGGAGGUGUGAAUCUGUACAUAUAGAGUAUACACCGUGAACGUUUGUUCUCUAACUUUGCCGUGUCUGGAACUGGUAAAAUCUUUACAACAGGUGCAUAUUGGUGUAGAAGUAAGCAUGCGUGUAACAGCCAACAGGUCACUACAACCAAGAUUAUCGAAUACUGACUGGGAAUAAACACCACUGGCC